GCGGGCAAGGUAUGAAUGUCCCGGGCCGACGUUCCCGGCAGCGUCGAGGUUCAGUCGCCUUCGCAGCCGCGUCUGUCAGGGGGCUUGCCCCUCGCUCGCUCGGCGUCCCGCCCGGCCCCGCGUCUGCGCAGCCCGCGGUGCGCAUGUCCCCCACUACGCAAAGCACGCAGACUGCGCUGCUGGCGGCCGCGGAGCGGAGCGCAGGGCGAGGGUUGGGCCUAGGUCGCGGCGGUUCCGCGUGACUCAGUGAAAAUGAAGAAUUUGUAUCUUUUUAUUGCUGUCCUCUUCAUCCCAUGGAGUUUUGCUUUGGCAAAGUAUGAUGAGUUUGAGGAUGGAGAUGACAUUAUGGAAUAUGAUGAUAAUGACUUUGCUGAAUUUGAAGAUGUUAACGAAGAUGCAGUCACAGAGUCUCCUCAAAGGAUCAUCACUACAGAAGAUGAUGAAGAAGAAGCAACCGUAGAGCUUGAAGGUCAGGAUGAGAAUCGGGCAGACUUUGGUGACACGGAUGCACAGGAAGGUGAUACCGAGAGUGAACCAUAUGAUGAUGAGGAGUUUGAAGGCUAUGAAGAGAAACCAGACGCAUCCCAUGGCAAAAAUAAAGACCCCAUAACAAUAGUUAAUGUCCCUGCUCACCUCCAAAACAGCUGGGAGAGUUACUACAUGGAGAUCCUGAUGGUAACAGGUCUCCUUGCUUACAUCAUGAAUUACAUCAUUGGGAAGAACAAAAACAACCGUCUGGCUCAUGUGUGGUUCAAUACACACAGGGAGCUGCUAGAAAGUAAUUUUGCUCUUGUUGGGGAUGAUGGCACUAAUAAAGAAGCUACCAGCACUGGAAAACUAAAUCAAGAAAAUGAACACGUAUAUAACUUGUGGUGCUCUGGAAGGGUGUGUUGUGAGGGAAUGCUCAUCCAGCUAAAGUUUCUCAAGAGACAAGACCUACUGAAUGUUCUUGCACGCAUGAUGAGGCCAGCUUCUGACCAAGUGCAAAUAAAAGUAACAAUGAACGAUGAAGAUAUGGACACCUACGUGUUUGCUGUUGGAACAAGAAAAGCACUGGUGCGACUUCAGAAAGAGAUGCAGGACCUGAGUGAGUUCUGCAGUGAUAAACCUAAGUCUGGUGCAAAAUAUGGGCUUCCAGAUUCGCUGGCUAUCUUGUCAGAGAUGGGAGAGGUCACAGAGGGAAUGAUAGACGCUAAGAUGAUCCAUUUCCUCACGCACUACGCUGACAAGAUUGAGUCCGUCCAAUUCUCGGACCAGUUCUCCGGUCCAAAACUUAUGCAAGAGGAAGGUCAGCUUACAAAACUGCCUGAGACUAAAAAGACACUUUUGUUUACAUUUAAUGUGCCUGGUUCAGGCAACACUUCCCCAAAGGACAUGGAGUCUUUGCUGCCUCUGAUGAGCAUGGUUAUCUACUGUAUUGACAAAGCAAAGAAGUUCCGUCUGAACAGAGAAGGUAAACAAAAAGCUGACAAGAACAGAGCUCGAGUGGAAGAGAACUUCCUUAAACUGACCCAUGUGCAAAGGCAGGAGGCUGCCCAGUCGCGGCGAGAGGAAAAGAAACGGGCAGAGAAGGAGAGAAUCAUGAACGAAGAGGAUCCUGAAAAGCAGCGUCGGCUGGAGGAAGCUGCUUUGCGACGUGAGCAGAAGAAACUUGAGAAGAAGCAGAUGAAGAUGAAGCAAAUCAAAGUGAAAGCGAUGUGACUCCAUGCAGCUGCUGCCCGGUUCACUUCAGCCCAGAAACGAAAUUCAGUGAAGUAUCUGCAAUUGCAAAUUUCCCCAAGCAAGUAAAAAACAAUAGAAUGCUUCAGGGGAUGUGGGAUCCUCUUCAUUUGGUAAAUGGUUGCUUCAGGUUUUGGAAUAUAAAGGGGGAGAAUGAAGUGAAUUGCCCCUGUGCAAGCACUUGGCUAACUGAGCACUGCAUUUUAUAAAUGCUUCCUGUCUAGAAGGAAUUUUAUUGUUGCUUGUAACAGACUUUUAACAGUUUUGUGGGGAGGGUGGGGAUAAGAAGAACUGUCUUGCAUUUUCUUGUUCACUACUUUUGUGCAAACUUGGUUUUGAGGCAAUAAGAAAGGAGUUGCUGUUGAAACAGCAAUUGCUUCAGCUUCUUGUUCCAGCUUUGGGAUACUUCACACUGAUUGAAAUGCAAAUAUCUGUAAGCUGAUACAUGCAAAUACAUUAAUUUUAUAAUGGUUGGUAAACUUUUCUUUAAAACCAAAACUAAUGUAAUUAUGUGAAAUUUUAGCACUAUUUAGCUUUAAAGAUUUAAUAUGGUAUUGUUUCACUAAGUUCUUUGAAAGGAGAUUCUAGUUUGUGCUCUUUUGAGUUAAGUGGACAGCUUUCCUUAAGUCCCAUAGGUUUGUGGCCCAUGGCAGCUAAUUUUGUAAUAUAAACAAUCUUCUGAAGAGUAAAAAUAUAAUUGAAACACUC